AUGAAAUUAAAAUUUACACCGCUAUUGUUACUUAUUAACCUUCUGUCUGCGGAAUUUAUUAGAGAAGAGUUUGAGAUAAGGCAUAGAAGAUCUCGCCUUAUCAGGCAUAGAAGGCAUAAAAAUGGUGGUGAUAAAAAAAUCAAACAAUUUUCUACUGACAAGACAACUACUUAUGAAGAUAAUGUUACAGUUUCCACUAUAAGUGAUGAACUUUUUGUACAAAUACCAGCAUUAGAAACAGUAAGCGAAGGAACUGAAUUUGAUCUUUUAAAUAUUACUUUAAAUGCAGAUAUUGCCAUAAAUUAUGAAAAUGAAAUUGAUAAAAUACUUCUAUUUUCCAAGGAUAAUUCUAGAGAUAUUAAUCUAGACAGUCCGCAAGUAAAUCGAACAGAAUCACAAGGGAUAAAUAAAACUUACAUGGAGGAAGUCAGAAAACGUCCAGAAAAUAGUAGCCGAGCAAUAAACGGGGAUGUUGAUAUAGUUUCGCAUUUCUUACGAAUAGUCGAAUCCCAACAUUUGUUGGGAGACAACUGCACUGCUGGGACGAAUUUGACUCUUCGGGAAGGGGUUGUUGAUCGGUAUGCUCAAGAGAGAUUUCGUGUUGAAGCCGAUGUUGCUGUAAAUAAAGCUAAUAUGCUGACUCGUCUUUGGAAGUACGCUGACCCAGAAGUUGUUCACUCUGAGUAUUUUUUGUAUGCUUCGGUGUUUUCUAUGGUCGAAUUUGAUGAUGUUAUUUUUGCCGCCGGAAAUUGCUAUGACCAGCAUCAAUAUAAAGACUAUUCGCUUUUUUGUCCGUAUGCCUACCGUUUACCCGAAGGACAAAUUCUAGUUAAAGACCUCGCUGUUGAAUAUGAUUAUAUGGGUAAUUCUUCAGAAUGGUUCUUUAGGGCGCGUAAGAAAGCUGCAAACGUGGUGAAACACUACAACCAAUUUAGUAGAGCGGAAGAACAGGAAGAAAACUACAAGGGAGUAAUUGAUAAGCUACGUAAUGAAAUUACCGAAAAAGAAAGCUGCAUCAAGCGUUUGAAGAGGAGCUCAAAAGUGUUCGAAGAUGACAUAAUGGAAACGGAACAAAGUUAUAUAAGCACCAUUGAAGAACAAAAGCAGCGAAUAAUUCAACUCAAGGGUGAAAUAUCAUUUCUGAAUGAGGCUAAUAUGAGGCUUGAGGUUGACAUAAAGAACACUGAAGAACGGAUGGUUGAGUUCAAGCAACAAAUUCAGGGACUAACCGAAAUGUCAAAUGGCAUGAUAACAUCAAUUAGAGUACUGGAAAAUCAGAAUAGACUCUACCUAGAAGAAUUGAGUGAGCUCAAACAGGGGGGGACUGAGAAGACGAUGAAUAGCACGGGUAUACAAACAGAUUUGGUGGACAAUACAAAUGGAGAGAUGCUAACAACAAUAUUCUCGAGGUAG